UGUCAGCUCCUGCACACUACUUUGUAGGGCUCUGCAUAGCAGAGCCCUACAAAGCAGUGUGCUUACAGUGAAGUACACACACAGCACAGCACACAGUUAACCCUUUGAUCGCCCCACAUGUUAACCCCUUCCUGCCCAGUGCCAUUAGUACAGUGCCUCUGUUUUUUAUUAGCAUUGAUCACUAUAUUGGUGUCACUGGGGAUGUCAGUGACACCAAGUCAGUUCCCCCCAGUGUCAGAAUGCCUGCCGCAGUCCCACUAUAAGUUGCUGAUCGCCGCCAUUAUUAGUAAAAAAAAUAAAAAUUAAAGAUUCCAGUAUAUAUACCGCCAUUUGUAAACGCUAUAACUUUCACGUAAACCAAUUCAUUU